AUGGGUCUGAAGCUGCUGAACAGUGUAAGGGGGGCUGUGCUUUUGGUUUUUUCAGUUAGCACUGUGCUGACUUGUCCAAAGAACUGCCACUGCACAGAGAGGAAUGGACUCAAGAUAGUCCAGUGCACAUCACGUGACCUUGAGAAAAUUCCGGCUAACAUUCCAGAGGACACAGUUUCUCUUCAGCUAGCUUCUAACCGUAUCACCCGUAUCCCCAGCCAGGCCUUCAAGGGUUUGCGUCGACUUCAGGAGCUGGAUAUCUCCAACAAUGCCAUUGAGGUGGUGGAGGAAGGUGCUUUCCAUGGUAUGUCUGAGGGCCUUCGUGCCCUGGACUUGUCAAACAACCUGCUGCAAGCGGUCCCUAGAGAGACCUUUGCACGGCUGCAUGCUAAGAUCAGCCUGGCCGGAAAUCCCUGGCAUUGUGAAUGCACCCUCCAGGAGGUGCUGAGGGAGCUGCAGCUGGAUCCCGACACAGUGAACCAGGUGAACUGCCAGACGGCUGUGCGUGAUGAAUACGCAGGCAAGUCUGUCAUCCAGGUGCUUGACUCCGGGGUCAACUUCUGCAGCUUUCAGCGCAAAACCACGGAUGUGGCCAUGUUCAUCACCAUGUUUGCCUGGUUUACCAUGGUGAUAGCCUACGUGGUGUACUAUGUGAGGCAAAACCGGGAGGAUGCCCGUAGACAUCUAAAGUACCUCAAGGCCCUACCCAACAGCCCCAGGGACAGCAAGAAUUCGGGCACAAUUAGCACAGUGCUAUAG